GCUACCCGGGGCCCGACGGCGCCGCGGCCCCUGAGUCAUCAUGUCUGCUCUGACGCCUCAAAGCGACAUGCCAACCCCCACCACCGACAAGAUCACUCAGGCUGCCAUGGAGACCAUCUAUCUUUGCAAAUUCCGAGUGUCCAUGGACGGAGAAUGGCUCUGCUUGCGCGAGCUGGAUGACAUCUCGCUGACCCCCGACCCAGAGCCUACCCAUGAAGAUCCUAAUUAUCUCAUGGCUAAUGAACGCAUGAACCUGAUGAACAUGGCAAAACUGAGUAUCAAGGGGUUGAUCGAAUCAGCACUUAAUCUGGGCAGGACGCUGGACUCUGACUAUGCACCUCUUCAGCAGUUCUUCGUUGUGAUGGAGCAUUGCCUUAAACAUGGCUUGAAAGCUAAAAAGACUUUUCUUGGGCAAAAUAAGUCAUUUUGGGGACCUUUAGAACUAGUAGAAAAACUUGUUCCUGAAGCUGCAGAGAUUACAGCAAGUGUUAAGGAUCUCCCAGGUCUGAAGACACCUGUGGGUAGAGGAAGAGCUUGGCUUCGCCUUGCUCUAAUGCAGAAGAAACUUUCAGAGUACAUGAAAGCCUUGAUUAACAGAAAGGAUCUUCUCAGUGAAUUUUAUGAGCCUAAUGCACUGAUGAUGGAAGAAGAGGGUGCGAUCAUUGCUGGCCUCCUUGUAGGUUUGAAUGUCAUUGAUGCAAACUUCUGCAUGAAGGGAGAAGACCUGGAUUCACAGGUUGGAGUUAUUGAUUUCUCAAUGUAUUUGAAAGAUGGAAACAGCACAAAAGGCAGUGAAGGAGAUGGUCAGAUAACUGCUAUUUUGGACCAGAAGAAUUAUGUAGAAGAACUCAAUAGGCACUUAAGUGCUACAGUAAACAACCUGCAGGCCAAAGUGGACGCCUUAGAAAAGUCCAACACUAAACUGACUGAGGAGCUUGCUGUUGCAAACAACAGGAUUAUUACACUGCAAGAAGAGAUGGAACGAGUUAAAGAAGAAAGUUCUUACAUCUUGGAGUCCAAUCGUAAGGUCGCUAAAGACAGAACUGCAGAUGGACAGGCACUGACUGAGGCACGAAAACAGUUAAAGGAGGAGACUCAGCUGCGGCUGGAUGUGGAAAAGGAACUGGAGGCACAGAUUGGGAUGAGACAGGAGAUGGAGUUAGCCAUGAAGAUGCUGGAGAAAGAUGUCUGCGAGAAGCAAGAUGCACUGGUGGCACUCAGACAGCAACUGGAUGAUCUCAGGGCCCUGAAGCAUGAACUGUCUUUCAAGCUGCAGAGUUCAGACAUGGGAGUGAAACAGAAGAGUGAACUGAAUAGCCGUUUAGAAGAAAAAACAAAUCAGAUGGCUGCUACCAUCAAACAGCUUGAACAAAGAUUGCGGCAGGCGGAGAAAGACCGUCAGUUGGCACAGCAGGACAACCGUCUCUUCAAGCAGGAGUUUGGGGACAAAAUCAACAGCCUCCAGCUAGAAGUGGAAGAGCUCUCCAGGCAGCGGAGCCACCUUGAAAUCGAACUGAAGCGGGAAAGAGAGAGAUGGUCGCACAGUCACCAAAGCAGCCAAGGAAGCAAAAAAGGCCCAAAGAAUUGGUUAAAACCGGAUGGGAAGCUCAAAAUCCAAGAGGAAAACGCCAAACUGAAGCAGCCCCCGAGAGAGGAAAACAGUGUCCUGCCACAUAAGUUACAGAGCAGCACUCAGGAGGAGCAGGAACAGCCAUCAGGACCUGGAAAUGCUCAGAUCUGCCAGCUCUGCCAGGAAGAAAGCAGCCGAAGCAAGAAAAAGAAUAUCUGCAAGAACUGUGGUGGUAUCUUCUGUGAAGCCUGUUCAGCAAACGAGCUGCCCCUCCCAUCCAGUAUUAACCCAGAGCGUGUCUGCAAUCCCUGUCACAAGCAACUCAUCCAGCAGUAUUCCAACAGUCCCUUGUAGGAGGCAGGCUGCAGAGUGUGGUGAGACCAUACAAAUUGUUGUAGCAGGUGAUUGUCUCUGGAGUUGUUCAAGGGGAAUUUGAAGACGCUUACCUGUGUUGUUUGGAGGGGGAAAGCAGCUUUAUGCUGUUUUACUCAAGAGACUGCAAACAGAACACCCUGAGCUUCCCCUCUACAAAAAUCUGCCAGCUCUCUGACCUGGGCUUGUGCUGAGGAGAACUGCUUGAGGAAUGUCACACCAAGUGGCCGUAAGGUGUGAUCAGGCAGCCUUAGGAUGCUGCAAGAACAGAGCCCCCACCCAAGAAAGAGCCAUGUGUCUGUGUGUGCAAGGCAGGAGCGUGUCAAGUGAGGGCAUGCUGCUGCUAAGCAAUGGCUCACUAAAAGCAAAAUGAGAGCAUUUUCUAAUCCUCAUGUCUGGCUGCACUUGAAACACCAUUUCCCCUUUUCCUGCUGUCUUUGACAAUCUGGCUCAACUGUGCUCCUUCAGUGCCAGGAGUCCAGGUAACAAUACCAACGACAACAAAAAAAAGCAUUUUCUGACACUGUUCUUUGAUCCAGUCCUCCAGCAGUAGGCUUGCUAUGCAAAUCAUUAUCAAACAAAGCUGUGAAAUGAUCCUUUAUUUUUAGGGACUUCAGAGAGGGCUAAGAUUUUCUUUUUUGGUGUGUGUGACAUUGGAGAACUGAUCCACACUGAUCCAGCACACAAAUGUUUAAAGGCAUCUCUGACCUUCCUACUGGAGACCCUCACUGUGACUUCGUGACCACAAAAUGGUGGCCAAUCCAAAGAGCUACAGAACCUCUAUCUUGAUGUUCUGGGGGAAUAGGAGUUCCAACGGUUUAGUUACAAAUUACCAUUGCACAAAGAGUUUAAGGCCACGUCUUCGCACCUCUCUCCUUUGUGUACAUAAAAAAGUGAUUUUAAUACAGCUGGUAUUUCACUGGUUUUGCAUUAGAUCAAAAUGAAAGUGAGAUGAACUCAACAGUGCUUUUCACCUUUAAGAUAUCCUGAUGUAAAACAGUUUUAAAAGUUUUCAUACUUUGUGCUCCAUCAAUCUUUGUUGCUGUGACUUCAAGGACACGUUACUCCAAAAAGUAUUGGUGACUUCCUCAUAAAGCACAUAUGCUUCACGUCAGUUUAUUUGGUCUGAUACUGGAAGCCUACAUCAGUCUUCAGGGCCACAGGAUGUUUUGUAAACUAUAGAAAAUUGAUGUAUUUAUAUGUGACAAAGGCAUCUGGCUCUAAGCUACUAUCCCCUAAUAAAAUUUGUGUAAUUCCUCAGAGGAAUUCAUUAGACUGGCUGGAACUGCACUAAAAAGUAUAUCAGAGUUGGGGUUUUUCACAUGGUUGGUGCUAGAGUUAGUUUGUCCCAGAAAUUUUUCUUUCCUAGUUCCUUGCAGGUCUCAGUGUAUUCAGCUGUCCAAGCGCUCCACCUCCCCUCAUUGCCCUUCAUAGACAGAGCACUAAACAAAGGGGAGCAAGCUUCAGAGUUUUCCUUUUUCUGCCCUUUGUGGUAGUUACCUUGCUGCUAUCCUUUAAAGUAGGCAAGAAAUUGUGAGUGGUGUUGAAAUUUGAGAAGCCUAGAAUUCAAGUGUGAGCAAACACUGCUUUCACAGGGUGAGAUGCCAUAGCUAAGGCACAAGAUACCAAAUUUGUAAGUUUUGUGUACACAUUGGUACACGCUUAAGAGAUUGCAAAUUCCUGCAUCCAAAUCCAGAGAGACUCAUUCUGCAGGAGAAAGUCUGACCCAGGCAAUUUCAGUGCUGAAGGAUUUAACUGGAAACCAGGCACUUACUGUGAAGUAACUUUAAUGCUGGUACAUCUGAGCAAUUUCACAGCUCUGAAGUGACAGCUUAUCUGCGACCUCUACAUAACUUCCCACUGUUCAGCAGGAGUGGCUGCUGCAAUUCUUGCUUGAAGUGAAGGCUAAAAUGAUCUUUAUGUCUUUAUUCUUUAUUCUGCUUAUCUUUAAAGCAGAACAGUUCUCGAGCAGGUCCUUUACAGUUACAGUAUGCAAACAGCCCUUUACAGAGGCAGCUGAAAAUCCUUCAAAAUAGGGCUCUGGUUGCUGUAAUUAAAACUGGCAUUUGAAAAGGUGUGAGAUGAUGAUGUCAGCUAUCUGUGUUCACACACAACUCCUUCCUGAUUUCUUUGACUCAGUGAAGGGCUCUGCUUUUAAGUACUGGUUGUUGUGCUUUAUGAUGCUGCAAAUGUUCAAGGCACAUUUGCUCACAUACUGGUGGUAAUGCUGAAUUUUUGGGUUUAUACCUGGACAUUUGGAGUGGGGGGAGCAGAUAGCAGUUUUUCUGAUAUUAAUUUUGUUCCACAUGUAGUAAUAAAAACUUUCUCAUCUGG